AUGGAAAAUUUUGGUUUGUCCAAGGAUUAUAGAAAAGGAAGACCAGGACCUUCUGUCCAGCUGAAUGCCCAUAGAUUUGACUUCCGAAUGCUAUCAGAAACCGAAAAGAAGAAAAAUUAUUUGUGGUUCCAACGUAUACCGAGAAGACUUUGUUACUAUUAUUAUUAUUAUUAUUAUUAUUAUUAUUAUUAUUAUUAUUAUUAUUAUUAUUAUUAUUAUUAUUAUUAUUAUUAUUAUUAUUAUUAUUAUUAUUAUUAUUAUUAUUAUUAUUAUUAUUAUUAUUAUUAUUAUUAUUAUUAUUAUUAUUAUUAUUAUUAUUAUUAUUAUUAUUAUUAUUAUUAUUAUAUAUUAUUAUUAUUAUUAUUAUUAUUAUUAUUAUUAUUAUUAUUAUUAUUAUUAUUAUUAUUAUUAUUAUUAUUAUUAUUAUUAUUAUUAUUAUUAUUAUUAUUAUUAUUAUUAUUAUUAUUAUUAUUAUUAUUAUUAUUAUUAUUAUUAUUAUUAUUAUUAUUAUUAUUAUUAUUAUUAUUAUUAUUAUUAUUAUUAUUAUUAUUAUUAUUAUUAUUAUUAUUAUUAUUAUUAUUAUUAUUAUUAUUAUUAUUAUUAUUAUUAUUAUUAUUAUUAUUAUUAUUAUUAUUAUUAUUAUUAUUAUUAUUAUUAUUAUUAUUAUUAUUAUUAUUAUUAUUAUUAUUAUUAUUAUUAUUAUUAUUAUUAUUAUUAUUAUUAUUAUUAUUAUUAUUAUUAUUAUUAUUAUUAUUAUUAUUAUUAUUAUUAUUAUUAUUAUUAUUAUUAUUAUUAUUAUUAUUAUUAUUAUUAUUAUUAUUAUUAUUAUUAUUAUUAUUAUUAUUAUUAUUAUUAUUAUUAUUAUUAUUAUUAUUAUUAUUAUUAUUAUUAUUAUUAUUAUUAUUAUUAUUAUUAUUAUUAUUAUUAUUAUUAUUAUUAUUAUUAUUAUUAUUAUUAUUAUUAUUAUUAUUAUUAUUAUUAUUAUUAUUAUUAUUAUUAUUAUUAUUAUUAUUAUUAUUAUUAUUAUUAUUAUUAUUAUUAUUAUUAUUAUUAUUAUUAUUAUUAUUAUUAUUAUUAUUAUUAUUAUUAUUAUUAUUAUUUUGA